UAUCAACCAAACAAUCAAUAACCUGAGAAAAAACUCGUGAUUAUGUUGACCUUCGUCCCAAAACAGACGGUGGUACCAUCGCUGUUGGUGCUGUGGUGUAUUUCUUUCGAAGGGGUGGACAAUGCGGCCUUACAGGCGAUAGGUGUGAAAAAUUCCCUUUAUGACAUUCCCGGAUUGGGAGAGAGGCCUCUGAUGAUCAAAGCAUAUCCAGCUGUGGAGAAUUAUCAAAGUGACUUGUAUGAAGUUUAUGCGGAACCGUACACAUAUGACUUGCGAGCUCAAGCAGCAAUCGUAGUACUUCAGGGAGAAGGAGAAAACGACGUGAAGGGCGAGAUCAUGUACGUGCAGCAACAUCCACCAAUAGGGCCGGUUCUGAUAAGGGGUAAUAUCACCGGACUUCCCGCAGGCAGACACGGCUUUCAUAUCCACCAGUCAGGAGACUUGAGGCAAGGUUGCGACAAGCUAGGUGGACACUUCAAUCCAUAUUUGCUUCAUCAUGGUGCUCCUACCGACCCCAUUCGCCAUGCGGGGGACCUUGGCAACGUGGAGGCAGGAGAAGACGGCAAGGCGGAGAUCCGCAUCGUGGACCCCCUGGUGUCCCUUUCGGGGGGGCCCAGGGGGGUGGUGGGCAGAGCCUUGGUGGUGACUGCGGAGGUGGACGACCUCGGGAGAGGCGGCACGGCUGAUAGCCUCACGAACGGCCAAGCUGGAAAAGCUCUGGCUUGCGGGAUCAUCGCCUACAUCAGAUGAAGCGUGGUUUUGUUACUGCACCUUUUCCAAUUUAAGUUCAAAUGAAUUGAAAGUAAAAGAAAAUGUUUGAUAAUAGUAGAUUGUUUUAUUAGAAUCAGAAGUGACACUUUGUUUGACAAUCGAAUUUUGUAUUUGCGAGGCGGAGCGUUUUGCGAAGCCGAGCGAAAGCAAAAUUUGCGAAUCAAACAAAGUCACUUUUGAUCCGAAUGAAACAUGCUAUUUUUUCUGCCACCGAAACAAUUAAUUCAAAUGAAUAUGUGGAGUAACCACCACUGCAGUGCUAUAUGUAUGCAAUGCGAGUUACUCUCAACAAGCUCUUUCAUUUGAUACCCAUAUUGUUGAAGUGCAUUAAAAAUAUCUAUUACGCCGUCCUGGAUGGUCCACCAUAUUGGAUUUUGAAUGACUUCACAUUAUUUUUCGAGUUACUCUCAACAAGUCCUGUCAUUUGAUACCCAUGUUGUAGAAGUGCAUAAAAAAUAACUAUUCCGCCAUCUUGGAUGAUCCGCCAUAUUGGAUUUAGAAUAACUUCACACACCUUAUCGUGCAUUGUCAUCCAAACUAUAUUAUACAAAAUUUCAGCUCAAUCGGUUAAAGUCUACUUAAAAAUUGAGUUUAAAGAUUCCACCCGAACUAACAUACAUACCUACAUCCAUGCAUUGCAACUUGAAUAAAGGCUUUUGAAAUGAUCGAUUGUUUUUCCAAAUUGUCAUUCGGAUUUCAAAAAGCAUCAUUUGUAUUUCAAAUUAGUCGAUUCAAUCUCGAAAUGCGGCAAAUGUAUUUCAAAUUAGUCAUUUUAAUUUCGAAACACAUCAAUUGUAUUUCAAAACUUCACUUCGAAUUCCAAAAUAGUCAUGUAUUUCUAAAAAUAUCAAAUGUUU